GUUCUGUAUAAACCACAAGGAGUAAAGUGUCGUUUUAACCCACGGCCACCAUCAUGGAUACGAGCAAUUUGUUUGAGACUAUUUCCACCUUUACCAAUGGCUUCUUCCGUGACCCCAGCACCAGUAGGCGCUUCACUCCACCAUCCACCACUUUCUCCUGCGGAAAGAUGGGAGAGAACAACGGGGGCAUCAGUUCUUCUGGCCCCAGCAGGACAAGAACAGAGAUCCGGACGGUGGUGGAUGUCCUGGCAGACCACGCAGGGGAACUGGUCCGGACAGACAGCCCCAAUUUCUUGUGCUCAGUGCUGCCUUCACACUGGAGAUGUAACAAGACCUUACCGGUUGCCUUCAAGGUUGUGGCUUUGGGUGAUGUUCCUGAUGGGACAGUAGUUACAGUUAUGGCUGGAAAUGAUGAGAACUAUUCAGCAGAACUCAGAAACGCCUCCGCUGUCAUGAAAAACCAAGUGGCCAGAUUCAAUGACCUCCGAUUUGUUGGAAGAAGUGGAAGAGGAAAAAGUUUCACUUUGACAAUCACCAUUUUCACAAAUCCCACACAAGUUGCUACGUAUCACAGAGCCAUCAAAGUGACUGUAGAUGGACCGCGUGAACCAAGACGGCACCGGCAGAAAACUGAAGAGCAAGGAAAGUCAUUCUCUGAUCGUUACACUGAACUGGAACGCCUGCGGCAGAGUAUUAGAGUCCAGUCCAACCCAAAUCCUAGAGCCACUCUAAAUAAUACAAACCACUUCAGCUCCCAAGCCCAAACACAAAUACAAGGACCAACAGAUUUAAGUCCUUUCUCAGAUCCUCGACAGUUUGAUCGCUCGUUUCCUAGUCUUCCAUCACUCACUGAAUCCAGAUUUUCAGAUCCACGCGUCCACUAUCCAGGAGCUAUGUCCUCUGCAUUCUCCUACACUGCGUCACCUUCAGCUACUGGAAUUGGUGGUAUCAGCAUGACUGGAAUGCCCACUACAACUCGUUUUCACCAUACAUAUCUUCCACCACCUUAUCCAGGUUCAUCUCAAAACCAAAGUGGACCUUUCCAGACCAAUGCAUCACCAUAUCAUCUUUACUAUGGGACAUCAUCAGGUUCCUAUCAGUUUUCCAUGGUAGCAGGUGAGCGUUCUCCAUCAAGAAUGCUCUCUUCUUGUACAAGUGUGUCGGCUGGGAACAAUUUGAUGAAUCCUGGUUUAGCCAAUCAAAGCAAUGUAGUGGAUGCUGAUGGCAGUCAUAGCAAUUCUCCUACAACUAUGACCGCUAGUGGUAGAAUGGAUGAGUCAGUCUGGAGACCUUACUGAUGUUCAGCAUUGUAGUUGUUACCAAGAGUCUUCUAUGGAGAUUCUUUUAAAAGUAAGGUAUUGAAAUAUGUAUAUAUUUAAUAUUAUUCCUUACUGAUUGGUACUAAACAUGAAACAAUAAACCAAAGAAAAAUGCAUCAAAUGAAAAUAUUAAUUCAAACAAACAAAAAUAUUAAGACGUGAAAUCAUGUUCCUUUUUGACUGUGAAUGUACCAAUCUCCAUCCUAUGUCAUCAUUAUCAUCUCAACACAAAUACUGCAUUAAAUAUUUUUCAUCAAGAAAGAUCUAAGGCUGGAUAUUGUGGAACAAAUGAACAAAGUUGACCGAAAAACUACUCAAGAUGCUGUAUAUUUUAUGAAGUCUUUUGUUUACAGACAUUUAAUAGGCGACUAUUCUUUGGUACAGUUCAUCAGAUGGAUUCAGUUAGAAAAAAAAUGUUUGAACUGAACAUUAUUAUUAGCUGUUGUAGACUUUGGAGGAAGGAAAUUGAACAUGCUUAGAUAAUGAUGUGCACCCAAGGACCAAUACUUAUACAGGGAUGCUUAACAAGCCUAUAACAAGCGUAUAACUUGUUAAGUUAUUUCUAAAGGCAAAUUCUGUGAUUUUAGUGUUUCAGUUACAAUUCUGUUUCAUGUUACACAUAAGUGGACCAAGCUAUGAAUAUAAAAUAUGUUUUCAUAUUUUUUUUAUGCAGUUGUGAAAUAUAU